AUGUUCCGCUCUGCUAUCGUGCGCUCGUUGAGAGCUUCCGUUCCUCGCACCGUUCGGGCUGCUGCUCCUCGCAUUCAGAUCACUCCUGCUGUUCGCCCAUCUCAAUUCGUCCCCGUCUUCAACACUCAGACUCCCCGUUUCUACUCUGCUCCUGCUAGCCUUUCCAAGGACGAGGUUGAGGGCCGUAUAGUCAACCUGUUGAAGAACUUUGAUAAGGUUUCCGAUGCCGGCAAGAUUAACGGAACUUCCCACUUCACAAACGACUUGGGCUUGGACAGCCUCGAUGUUGUUGAGGUCGUGAUGGCCGUUGAGGAGGAAUUCAGCAUCGAGAUCCCCGACAAGGACGCCGACGCCAUCCACAGUGUCGAACAAGCCGUUAGCUACAUCCUCUCCCAGCCUGAUGCCGGCGGAUUGACACGCCGACGAGGCGGUCGAGUCGGCGGAGAAGACAACGAGGAAGGCAGUCGAGUCUCAUCGCCCGUACCCAACAACAGAACAGCUGUCGAUGCCCGUACACCAGAGACGUCCUAUACCGAUGGCGAAAACGGACACAAAAUUGCGUUCGAUCCACGAGACAUUAGCGAAAAUGAAGAGCGGACAAAGAUGCCCAAGUUGACCUUGAUGGAUGAGGUGUUGCUGUUGGGACUUAAAGAUAAGCAGGGCUACCUAUCCUUUUGGAACGAGAAUAUUUCCUACGCUUUACGCGGCUGUAUCGUUAUCGAACUCGCUUUCCGCGGCCGAAUAAGCAUGCAAAAAGACCCUGCCCGCAGGAGAUUCCCUCUUGCAGACCGAGUGAUUGAGGUGGUUGACGACACACUUACUGGCGAGGUCUUGCUGGACGAGGCACUCAAGAUGAUGAAAACGAGUGAAAAGAUGAGCGUGAGCACUUGGAUUGAUCUAAUGAGCGGCGAAACAUGGAAUCUGAUGAAAAUCGGCUAUCAAUUGAAACAAGUCCGCGAACGAAUCAUGAAAGGUCUCGUGGACAAAGGUGUCCUUCGCACAGAAAAGCGCAAUUUCCUCCUUUUCGAUAUGGCAACCCACCCCGUCGCCGAUUCAGGCGCCAAAGAAGAACUCCACAAACGCGUUCGCAACGUCUGCAGCAGUCGUACCGUUAUCCUGUCACCCAACCAGUGGCUCCCCGAAGAUGUUGAAUUCCGUUUCCUGCGAACUAUAAGCAUGGUGUGCGCCGCAUAUGCGGCCAAUGUGCUCGAAAAUGCAUUGGUUACUAUGAGCCAUGAGUCUAGGGAAAGAGCAUUCGCUCAGGUUGAUGAAUUGCUAGCCGAAUAUUCGCAAUGGCCUUUUGCUCGCAAGUCCGGCGCUGGCCAAGGUAUUGGAGCGAAUUUGGCACAGGCUAUCAAUGAUGAGGUUAACAAAUCAAAAGAUCGCGAGUUGCAGCUAGAGAUUGUUGCUGCAUGCUUAAGUGUGUUCACACGACUCGACUCCCUCCUGUAA